GCGGGGAGCGGCGCGCCGAGAGCUGUCCAGCCGCCCGGCCGCAGCGCGCAGACCCCGGCCGCCCGCACGUGCGCCGCCCCCGCCCCGCCGGCGGGAGAUGCCCGCGGGGGCCCGGCCGCUCGCGCGGGGGCAGCUGGCGGCGGCGAAGGCGCGCGGGGCCGCGGGGCGCAGGCGGCCCGGCCGGGGCCGGGGCCGCGGGGCCGACGCCUCCCCGGCGGCGUGAGCGGCCCAGCGCGGCCGGAGAGGACGGAGCGACGCCGGCCGAGCGGGAUGCUGGCCGUGCGUCCCGGUCCCCGACACGCUUCUGUGGGCCUCGUCAGCGAGCCGUCCUGCGGGGGACGUCGAGGGAGCCUUCUCACGCAGACCUGCAGGGGUCCUUGGUGAGCUCUGUCAUGGCGAUUUAAGGAACCUCGUCACCUAGAAGUCCCAACACGCAGUUCCCCGUCGCCGGGAAGGCGUGGCCUCCAAGAUGAUUAUAAAGGAGUAUCGAAUCCCUCUGCCGAUGACCGUGGAGGAGUACCGCAUCGCCCAGCUCUACAUGAUACAGAAGAAGAGCCGCAACGAGACCUAUGGCGAAGGCAGCGGCGUGGAGAUCCUGGAGAACCGGCCCUACACGGACGGCCCCGGCGGCUCCGGACAGUACACACACAAGGUGUACCACGUGGGCAGGCACAUUCCCAGCUGGUUCCGCUCCAUCCUGCCCAAGGCGGCCCUGCGGGUGGUGGAGGAGUCCUGGAACGCCUACCCCUACACGCGAACCAGGUUCACGUGCCCUUUCGUGGAGAAAUUCUCCAUCGACAUUGAAACCUAUUAUAAAACCGAUGCUGGAGAAAACCCCAACGUGUUCAGCCUGUCUCCCGUGGAAAGGAGCCAGCUGGUGAUCGACUUCAUCGACAUCGUCAAGGAUCCCGUGCCCCCCAACGAGUAUAGGACGGAAGAGGACCCCAAGCUGUUCCACUCGAUCAAGACCCAGCGGGGGCCCCUGUCGGACAACUGGAUCCAGGAGUACAAGCAGCAGGUGUUCCCCAUCAUGUGCGCCUACAAGCUGUGCAAGGUGGAGUUCCGCUACUGGGGCAUGCAGUCCAAGAUCGAGAGGUUCAUCCACGACACCGGCCUGCGGAAGGUGAUGGUCCGGGCGCACCGGCAGGCCUGGUGCUGGCAGGACGAGUGGUACGGGCUGAGCAUGGAGAACAUCCGGGAGCUGGAGAAGGAGGCGCAGCUCAUGCUGUCCCGGAAGAUGGCGCAGUUCAAGGAGCACGAGGAGGAGGCGGAGGAGCUGUCCAAGGGCGAAGCCGGCCAGGACCACCCCCCCGGGGAGCCCCCCCAGCCCAGCAGCAGCGGGGAGCCCCUGGCCGGCCGCGGCCUGAAGAAGCAGUGGUCCACGUCCUCCAAGUCGUCGCGGUCGUCCAAGCGGGGAGCCAGCCCUUCCCGCCACAGCAUCUCGGAGUGGAGGAUGCAGAGUAUCGCCCGGGACUCGGACGAGAGCUCGGAGGAUGAGUUCUUCGAUGCGCACGAGGACCUAUCCGACUCAGAGGAAACCUUCCCCAAGGACAUCACCAAGUGGAACUCCAAUGACCUCAUGGACAAGAUGGAAAGCCCCGAGCUGGAGGACACGCAGGAUGGGCUGUUCCGUCAGGCCGCCCCCGAGUUCAGGGUGGCCUCCAGCGUGGAGCAGCUGAACACCAUCGAGGACGAGGCCAGCCCGCCGCUGGCCAUGCCGCCCUCCAAGAUCCACGUGCUGCUGCUGGUGCUGCACGGGGGCACCAUCCUGGACACGGGCGCCGGGGACCCCAGCUCCAAGCAGGGCGACACCAACACCAUCGCCGCCGUGUUCGACACCGUCAUGCGCGUGCACUACCCCAGCGCCCUGGGCCGCCUCGCCAUCCGCCUGGUGCCCUGCCCGCCCGUCUGCGCCGAUGUCUUCGCCCUGGUCUCCAACCUCAGCCCCUACAGCCACGACGAAGGCUGUCUGUCCAGCAGCCAGGACCACAUCCCCCUGGCCGCCCUGCCUCUGCUGGCCACCUCCUCACCCCAGUACCAGGAGGCGGUUGCCACGGUGAUCCAGCGGGCCAACCUCGCCUACGGGGACUUCAUCAAGUCCCAGGAGGGCGUGACUUUCAAUGGGCAGGUGUGCCUGAUCGGGGACUGCGUGGGGGGCAUCCUGGCGUUUGACGCCUUAUGCUACAGCAGCCAGCCGGUGUCUGAGAGCCAGAGCAGCAGCCGCAGGGGCAGCGUGGCCAGCGUGCAGGACACGGACCUGCUGUCCCCGGGCAUCCUGGUGAAUUCGUCGCACAGUGCCGGUGGCGGCGGCGGCGGCGGCGGCGGCGGCAGCCUGGAGAGCAGUAGGCACCUGAGCCGCAGCAACAUCGACAUCCCCCGCAGCAAUGGCACCGAGGACCCCAAAAGGCAGCUGCCCCGGAAGAGGAGCGACUCGUCCACCUACGAGCUGGACACCAUCCAGCAGCACCAGGCCUUCCUGUCCAGCCUCCAUGCGAGCGUGCUGAGGAACGAGCCCGGCUCCCGCCGCUCGAGCAGCUCCACCAUGCUGGACGGCACGGGGGCCCUGGGCAGGUUCGACUUUGAGGUCGCCGACCUCUUCCUCUUCGGGUGCCCGCUGGGGCUGGUCCUGGCCUUGAGGAAGACGGUCAUCCCCAGCCUGGAUGUUUUCCAGCUGCGGCCGGCCUGCCAGCAAGUGUACAACCUGUUCCACCCCGCGGACCCGUCGGCCUCGCGUCUGGAGCCCCUGCUGGAGCGGCGAUUCUACGCCCUGCCGCCCUUCAGCAUCCCCCGCUACCAGCGCUACCCGCUGGGGGACGGGUGCUCCACGCUGCUGGUCGAGACCGUGCAGAGAAACCCCGAGCUGGUCCUGGAGGGCGGCCCCCUGACCCCGCUCCCCGGGGACAGCUUCCUGGAAACCAGUAUCCCCGUUCCCGAGCUCACCUGGCAAGACGGGCCCCGCCCGAGCCCGGGCCCGGGCUGUGCUGAGUCGGAGGCGCUCCAGACGCACAACGCACUCUUCCAAGAGCACACGGCGCCCUCCUCGCCCGGCGCAGCCUCCAGCACCCGGGGUUUCCGCCGAGCCAGUGAGAUCAGCAUCGCCAGCCAGGUGUCGGGCAUGGCUGAGAGCUACACCGCAUCCAGCAUUGCCCAGAAGGCCCCAGUGCCGCUCAGCCAUACCCCCAGCGUCAGGCGCCUGUCCCUGCUCGCCCUGCCCCCCCCACCCCCCUCCACCCCGGGUCCCCGCCCGCAGGCCAGGCGGGUGAGCCCCCACCUCCCCGACUUGGACAUCCGAGAAGUUGCUGCGAAGUGGUGGGGCCAGAAGCGGAUCGACUACGCCCUGUACUGCCCCGAUGCCCUGACGGCCUUCCCCACCGUGGCCCUGCCACACCUCUUCCACGCCAGCUACUGGGAAUCCACCGAUGUGGUCUCCUUCCUGCUGAGACAGGUCAUGAGGCACGACAACUCCAGCAUCUUGGAGCUGGACGGCAAGGAGGUCUCGGUGUUCACCCCCUCGAAGCCGAGGGAGAAGUGGCAGCGCAAGAGAACCCACGUGAAGCUGCGGAACGUGACAGCCAACCACCGGAUCAAUGACGCCGUUGCCAACGAGGAUGGCCCGCAGGUUCUGACGGGCCGGUUCAUGUACGGGCCCCUGGACAUGGUCACCCUGACAGGGGAGAAGGUGGACGUGCACAUCAUGACGCAGCCGCCCUCGGGUGAGUGGCUGUACCUGGACACGCUGGUGACCAACAGCAGCGGGCGCGUGUCCUAUACCAUCCCCGAGACGCACCGCCUGGGCGUGGGCGUCUACCCCGUGAAGAUGGUGGUCAGGGGAGACCACACGUUUGCCGAUAGCUACAUCACCGUGCUGCCCAGGGGCACGGAGUUCGUGGUCUUCAGUAUUGACGGCUCCUUUGCCGCCAGCGUGUCCAUCAUGGGCAGUGACCCCAAAGUGCGGGCCGGGGCCGUGGACGUGGUGCGGCACUGGCAGGACCUGGGCUACCUCAUCAUCUAUGUGACGGGCCGGCCCGACAUGCAGAAGCAGCGGGUGGUGGCGUGGCUGGCCCAGCACAACUUCCCCCACGGCGUGGUGUCCUUCUGUGAUGGCCUGGUGCACGACCCGCUGCGGCACAAGGCCAACUUCCUGAAGCUGCUCAUCUCCGAGCUGCACCUGCGCGCGCACGCGGCCUAUGGCUCCACCAAGGACGUGGUGGUCUACAGCUCCAUCAGCCUGUCCCCCAUGCAGAUCUACAUCGUGGGCCGGCCCACCAAGAAGCUGCAGCAGCAGUGCCAGUUCAUCACCGACGGCUACGCGGCCCACCUGGCCCAGCUCAAGUACAACCACCGGGCGCGGCCGGCCCGCAACACGGCCACCCGCAUGGCGCUGCGCAAGGGCAGUUUCGGCCUGCCCGGCCAGGGCGACUUCCUGCGCUCCCGGAACCACCUGCUCCGAACCAUCUCGGCCCAGCCCAGUGGGCCCGGCCUCAGGCACGAGCGGACGCAGAGCCAGCCGGACGGCGAGCAGCGAGGCCAGCGCAGCAUGAGUGUGGCGGCUGGCUGCUGGGGCCGAACCAUGGCCGGCCGGCUCGAGCCAGGGGCAGCCGCGGGCCCCAAGUAGGGGACCCUUCGAGAGGUGCUGUGGUCUCCAUGGUGCUAGGCCAGGCGGCCGCCCACCAGGAGGCCUGGCCGGGGCACAUGCGGCGGCUGGGGACAGACUUGUCCCAGGGCCCAGCAGAGGACACCGGCCGUGCCACACACAGCCCUCCCAGCCCUGCCUCGUGUCCUAGGGUCUUCAGGGGUUCCUGUUGGAAGCUGGCAGGACAGCCAGCCCCAAGACGACAGAGGGACCAGGACCCCCCAUGUGGCCCAGCCUUGAAGGUUCUCCUGGACAACUGCCCUGCGUUGACCUCGCAGCGUUCUGACGCCAGGCCUGGGCCCAGCCUGCCACCUCCCUGGCCACUAGCUUGCCCCGACCCCCACGUCGCCUCCCACCGGGUCGCAGCUGCUGCUUGUUAAUGCGAGUUCACUCUCCAGCCUCACUGGUUUUGCACUGGUUUUUGCGAGCAGAGACCCAUUGUCCUCUCCUGUGGCUACAGACGCAUUCACCCACAUGAACAGUCAACUUCUGCGGAUCCAGGACCUCGUGCCACACGGAAGGCCCCAGGGCAGCAAACCCUGUGCAAGCAGGAGAGCGGCCAUAUCUUAAUUUCUGCAGCUCCGCCUGGAGCCCAGGGAGGCCGUGGGCCUGGCAUCACCGCCGGCUCUGGCACAGCCCGGGCGGCAAGGCCCAUGAAGCCCUGACCGCCUCUCCCACUCCUCACCUCGGCCUCGGCCCGGCCCGCCCGCGUUUCUACACCUUUCUACUUCUCCGAUCUGAUUUCUACGAGGUUUUUUUAAAUGAGCAAUCCUGGGCUGCUUCCUUUUCUUAACUCUCUCAGUACCAAGCGCAGCCCCUCCCCAUGGAGACACCCAGCACUGUGAGCGAGUCCAGCCUGGCUCUGGGGCCCAGGCCCAGCCUCCUGCCCCCGCGGAGGGCUGUGGGCUCCUGCCCCACCCGACCUGUUAAUCCCACCGAAUUUCUACUCGGAUGGGUGGGGCACACACUUAGGUUUUUCUUAAUGCCAAUUCCGUUCCCAUGCCGAGUCUAAGAAGCCACAACUUCUGUCAUUAGCUUGAGUGCAGGCAGCUGCGGCUUCCCAUCCUCCCUGGUCCAGACCACGCUGUCCUGCACGGGUCUGCGCGCCAGCCCUCCCGCCCCAGGCCCGGCUGUGAUCUCAGCCGUGGCGCUCGGUUCCGGCAGCCCCUCUGCGGCUCCACCUUCUUAAAGGCCGGGGAGCCUGCCUGGCCCCCUGGCCCCCUGGCCAUCCAGCCCGAGGCUCCAUAUCUGAGAAGCUGCUGCCAACCUGGAUAUGGCCUCGGGGCCUCACGGGCUGGGGUGUGGAGGUGCCCCAACCGCCGUUAACAUUUCCCCGUGUGUAGAUAUGUACAGUCAAAGGGUCGUGUAAAUGUUCUGCGAGGGGGGCCCAUACAGAGUGAAAGCUAUUUAUUUUGUGCAGAGAAAAAUGGAGGGAUGGGACCUUCAGGUUUAUCCGUAUUUAAGAUGUAGCUUUUUUUGUUGUUUUGGGCGUUCUGUAUAAAGCACCGAUUAUUUUAUAGACCGAGUCCUAAUGUAACUGUUGCAGUGGAAGUGCAAUAUCUGACCCCCUGCUCCCCAGCGGGGAAUUGCUCGGCUGACAAUCAGCCCCGCGAGGGGCCCUGUGGCCAGUGCCGCCGCCUCCGCCGGCCCCACCUGGCCCGUCUGGCCCACGCCUGGAUGACUAGCCAUCGGAGAAGCGCCUGGAAGAGCUCGGCCCGCCUGCAAUAAAGGCUGAGGCUCCUUGGCCGGGGGAGGCCGUGUGGGCAGGGGGCUGGCCUCUCCCAGCGGGCAGCCCCCCACAGCUCUGCGCUCCCCGCCUUCCUGCCCAGCCGCCAGCCAUGCCAAGGACAACAGCAAUAGCCCCGGGCCUCUCCUUAGCCAUAGAUGGUGCGGCGGGCAGCCCAGCCUCCCCGCCGCCGUCUCCUGCGUCCAGGUGUGCUUCCUGCCCCCCUGACCCUUCCCUUAGGCACAGUCUCCUCUGAGGAAGCACCAGUUUCUCAGAAACGGGGAGAGCAGAGUCCUUCAAAAAAUACCAAAAAUGUUUACAGCGUCGGGUGCUGAGCUGCAGGGCUCAGGCCUGACCGGUCAUUACCAAAGGGUGAGGCGGGCCUUGCUGACUGCCCCCCACCGGGGCCUGUUAGGGUAGCCGCCUUCGCCCCACUCCCAGCCCCGCCCCAGCCAGCCUCGGCCCACACCGCCCCACCUGCCUUCUCCUGGAUCUUCAAAGAGGGAGUCCGCAGAGACCCACACCCUGCCCAGCUCCGUCUGAGCUGCCCACCCGCCAGCCACGUUGGUCUACGUCUCAGCCCCCUCCUGUCUGUCUGUCUGUCCAGGCCAUGUGUGAGCCGUGUCCUGACUCCCCCGGCCCCCACCCUUGCUGUCCCCGCGCCAUCGGGCCUGAGUGUGCUCUGUACCCAGUGCCAUUGUCCGUCACACCAAUUAAAGAAGCUCGGAGGCUUC